AUGAAAUCGAUUGUCGGUGAUAUGUCGUCAGUGAAACUGUCUGUGGAAUGGAAUAAGUUGUCGGUAAACUGGGCAUUUGAACAGCCAGUACAAGUUGAAGAAAAAGAAAAAUAUAAUUCUGUCUAUGGUGUUAGUGGAGCGGAUUAG